AUGAAUCUGGAGGAAUACUUCAAAAGAAUUGGUUUCCAUGGCUCUUUUGAUAAACCUGAUCUUGAAACAUUGAAAUUGAUUCAGAAACAGCACAUCAUGAGAGUCCCAUUUGAAAACCUCAGCAUGCACUGUGGUGAGAGGAUUGAAAUUGACCUUAAGGUUAUCUACAACAAGAUUGUGAGGUGCAACCGUGGGGGCUGGUGUCUUGAGAACAAUAACCUAUUUGGCUGGGUGCUGAGAGAAAUGGGCUAUAACUGCACAACACUCAACUCCAAAGUUUUUAUGACUUCACUUAAUGACUAUUAUCCUGUUGAGUCUCAUCUUAUCCAUAAGGUGGUCAUUGAUGGAAAGGCUUACAUUGUAGAUGUGAGCUAUGGGAUGUCCACCCAACCGUGGGAACCCCUGGAGCUCGUCUCCGGGAAGGAGCAACCUCAGGAACCUGGUGUCUUUUGUCUGAAAAAUGAAGGAGACUUCUGGGUGCUUGAGAAGACCAGCAGAAAGCCGAAGAUUCUCAAUCCAGAGUUUGCUAAAUCAAGUCUAAUCAACAGAAUAGAAAAAAAAACCAUACACCGCUUCACCCUGAAACCUUGUGAGCUGGAAAGUUUUCUCUUUGUAAACGACAAACUCCAAACAGAUCCAACGUCAAUAUUCUGCAAUAAGUCCAUCUGCUCUUUGCAGACACCCACAGGGUUCAGGGCCUUGAUUGGGUGGACCUACAGUGAGGUCACCUUCAAACCUGAGGAAGGUGUUGAUUACUAUGACAUGAAGAACAUGAAAGAUGAUGAGGUAGAUCAAAUCCUGAGAGAGAAAUUUGAUAUAAAGCUGCAGAAAAAACUGACGCCUGUAGGAAACAAGUCAUGGUACACAAUGUAA